UGACAUGACUUAGACAUACAUUCUUGAUAUUAGAAAGAGAAACCAUUGACUGCUAACUAUCCAAGUUCAAUGAUUUCAAGGUUCAAACAUAGGAUGAAUUACUGUGACUUUAUAGAUACUAGCUGUCUACGGUAUAUAUCGUUGCGUGUCUAGCUAAAUGGAAUUGAAGUAUGCCUAGACAUGGACUCGUAUUUUGAUCUUCUAGACAAUUGUAGUUUGAAAAAUAUAGAAUGAGAAGAAAGAUGUUUGUAUUUAGUAAAAAAGCUGCAAAAGCCAGCUCUGACUGCUUUCGUACUGUACGUAUGAUACGGACCAAAUGCGAAUCCAGACCGUUCGCGAAUGGGCUAGACCAUUUACGAAUUUGUACUAUACGGGCUAGACGGUGAACGCAAGCCAGACCGUUUGCAAAUCUAGGCUGCUCGCAAAUGGGCUAGACCAUUUGCAAAUUUGCAUACGUAUACCGGCAAGACGAUUUGCCAAUGGCCAGUGCGCUGCGUGAAAUUUGGCGCGAGAUAUAAUCGUAGUAUGGCGGCGGACGAAAACAAGCGCAAGGAAAACUUCCGUGAGGUUUUGGAGUCACUCGCUGAGAGGCAAAAUUCUCAGUUGCUAGCUGAAGCAAAAGCCAAACAGAUCCACAAGGUACUACGAGGCAGUCCCAGUGCACGUGCGGAGACGGCACGUUUCCGCUUUUAUGUCAAAAGCAAAGGAUUCUCAGUGGUGGACCUUCCACUACUAGGUCUUUCAGGUGUUCUUUGUGCUCCAGCACCAAAGGUCAGUUGUAAUAGCAAUAUGAUUUAAGUUAAUUAAUAGGUAUUAAAUUGAUACAAACGUCAAUUAAACAUCCUAUAGAAUUUUGUUUUUCAUACCUUUUAUAUUAAAAAUUUAAAAAUUUGUUACUAUUUUAUUAUAUGCAGUCAAUUUUGUGUAAAUGGACAUGUACAGUACUCAAUUGCAUGUCUGUUCAUCAAUACAGUGGUAUAUCAUUUUAGAUUAAAUUCUAAUGAAUGUGAAGUUUAGUCAGAUGACAACGCUGUAUGCUCAUUAAGGCUACGUGUUGUAGCUUUAGUAUAUUAUGGGUAUAAUUGCUUUAAUAAAAUACACUUGUUCCAAGAAAAUGUUCAUUUGUGGCAAGGUAGAACCACAAUCGUUACAAUCAUAUUAUAUUAAAGCUGUAUUGGCGUAACUAUCUACUACUGAGUUACAGUGAUGUGUUCUAACAUAUGGUAUUAUUGCAUACUGCAUAUAUGCUGGUAACUACAGUAGCUGGAACAAGCAAGCUAGCCAAACAUGUAUGAUUUGACAACUGAUUGCAGCAGCUCUUUGACUUAAUUAUGAGUGACUAAUGUAAUGUGUUUUGUCAGGGCAUGAUCAUGAUGUUUCUUCUUGUAAUGUACUCAAUCCUGCAGUGUUCAGAAUGGACUUCAUUUAAUAGUAAGUUCUAGAAAAUUUGGGAACUCAUGUUUGAGGAAACCUACUAAUCCUUCUCGGACAGAGAAACCAAGUUUUCAUUGCUGGGAAAUUGGAGAAGGGUGGCAACUGUGCCUGAGAUAUACCAGGUUUUGAAGAUCGUUCAUGAAGGCACAAGAGUACAUGCCGGAUAUCAGAAAGUAUUCUCUGAUGUUGAAAGAGCAAUACGUAGGCAUUACAAGGCCUGCUGUCAGAGAAUUUGUUAAGACAUGCCUACUGUGUGCCUGUAAUACAACUCAGAAGUCUAUUAUUCCUGUUAAUUAAGCCAAUCCUGUCUCCUGGGUUUAUGAGAAGAGGGCAGGUUGAUCUAAUAGACAUGAGCCAUGAUUGUCAUGGAAAGUUCAAAUGGAUAGGGCACUAUAUUGACCACUUUACAAAGUUCAAUUUUUUGUGGUCACAGCAAAGAAAGAAAGCAUCAGAAGUGGUUAAUUGCUUAAUAACACAUGUUUUCAGCGUUGUGGGCCUACCUGUCACCUUACAGCACGACAAUGGUAGCGAGUUUUGUAAUAAGAUCAUUCGACGAGUUGUUAGAAUAUGGCCUGGCCAGUGCCAGAUUAUCACUGGCCGGCCUUGUCAUCCACAGUUGCAGGGUCUUGUGGAGCAGGCACAAAGGACUGUCCAUCACAUGCUCGCAGUUAGAAGAGCAGAGUACCCAGGAACAGGAUGGUCAAGUUAUCUUCAAUCGAUCCAAUAUGCUAUGAAUACCCAAAGGCAUAGUGCCAUUAAAACGUCACCACGUGAAGUUGUGUUUGGCCAACCUGCACUUGCUGGAGUUUUUCCAAGCUGCAGUGAGAUGGAGAUUGAUGAAGCCGAUGUGCUGAAAGUUUUGCAAGAUGCUAGCAGUAUUCCUGAUCUUUAUAUUGAUGGUGCUCCCAUUAUCGAUGAAUUUGAGUUUGAUGCCAGUGAUGUGUUUGACAAUGCCAGUACUUUCCCAGAAAGUAAUGAAGUCGGUGUUAGUGAUGCUGCUGCUAAGAACAAGAGUGACAAUUGCCAUAAUGAUUUUGAGUUUAUUGCCAGUGAAGACAAUGUCAGCACAAUCUCAGAAAGUAAAGAAGGUCUGCCAACAGAAAAAUGUAUUCAUCUUGUUGACACAAACACACACCACACACACACACACACACACACACACACACACACACACACACACACACACACAAUUUUAAUGUUGUGGACCCUUCAAUUGAGAGAAGAAUUGAGUUUGGUCCUGCUAAAGAUAGUAUUGAAGGUGUUAAGACAGUGGAGAGUAGUGAAGAUGAAUACCAGUAUGAGUGUGUACAGUACCGUCUGAUGAUAGUGUCAUUGAGAGUUCUACUGUUCAAUGUGCUUCUGAAAUUGUCACUAGCGAUGAUGACACCAGAGAUGGCUGGUUAGGGACAAGUGCACAGCAUGCUCAGAUGAGGAAAAGAGCAUUAGUGCACUACAAACAAGCGUGUGCGCCUACAAGCUCAUGUUGUAGGAGAACAUGUCACGGUCAAGAUUCCAACUCAAGACCAAACAUCUUCUGAUCUUCCAAGGCUGCCAGCAGUAAUAGUUGAAGUUAUAGGGACUAAGAGAUUCCCGUACCAUUUGAGGUACGUGCAGCAAUUCAAAUUUGUUUUUCAACAAGUGAGGAACAUAAUUCUCAAAACAGGUCAUUGCAUGGAGUUAUAGACAGGCUGUAUGAUGAAAACACCUUGGAGAAGUAUUCUGGGAAAAUUGAAGGUCUCGAUGACAAUAACUGGCAAAGUGAUAGCCAAAUUUCAUUAAGAGAAGCAGCAAGACUGGCCAGACCAAGACAAGGGAAACGUGUAGCAUACCAUUGUAAAUGCAAAAAGGGUUGUCUGUCGGCUAGAGUGUGUCCUUGUGUCCGAAGUGGUGUUUCUUGCCACAGCAAAUGCCAUCAUGGCAAGCACUGCAAGAAUGAAACCAUGUGCAACAACCAAACAAAAGCAAGGACAUGAAUCUGUAUCUGCAACAUCUGCAUCCUUUAAAGCUCCAUCAGAUACUACAACACCUGGACUUAUUCCAACAUAUCUCUACAAUACAACACUUGGGUCUACUGUUACGUACCACAGCUGUCUGCACAACGACAAUCCAAUCUAAUGCAUGUACAUUAGUUCAAUAUCAAGUCAACCAACGACAUCACUUGUCCUUGAUCCUAGAGACACUCAACCCAGAAUUUCAUCUUUCUUCAACACCAGGACCCAGAAAACUACAUCAUUUGUCUCCUCUAGAACACAGCCAAACACAUGCAUGAGUAUAAUAUAUACAUAGAACGGAUGUUAAAUAAUCACCAGAGUCUGUUCUAAAUGUAUAGUGCAAGUCGAGAUAUCAUUUAGAUGAAGAAACACAGAGGAUAUGUUCGUGUAAUGAAAA